AUGCUGGUGUGCGUGGCGGUGGUCACGGUGCUGUACAUCCUGCUGUGCUCCCAUGUCUGCCUGCAGUUCUGCUGCUGGCCCCUGGGGCAGCAGGGCGGCCCCACGGCACCCACCAUCCUCAGCUUCCAGGGGUACAGCCGUGUCCCCGACGGCAAGCCGCUGGAGCGAGCGCUGUGCCGCCGCUGCGCCAUUGUCUCCAGCUCGGGGCAGAUGCUGGGCUCACGCCUGGGAAAGGCCAUCGAUGGGCAGGAGUGUGUCCUGCGGAUGAACCAUGCCCCUACUGCCGGCUACGAGGAGGAUGUGGGGGCACGGAGCACCAUCCGGGUGGUGUCACACACCAGCGUCCCGCUGCUGCUGAGGAACCAGCCCUACUUCUUCCAGCAGUCCCAGGAGACCCUCUACAUCAUCUGGGGGCCAGCAAAGAAGAUGAACAGGGAGAAAGUGGGCCCGACCUACCAGGCGCUGCUGAAGGUGAUGGAGACGUACCCCCACCUGCAGAUCUACACCCUGACCGAGGAGAAGAUGACAUAUUGCGAUGACGUCUUCCAGAACGAGACGGGGAAGAACAGGCUGAAGUCCGGCUCCUUCCUGAGCACGGGCUGGUUCACCAUGAUCCUGGCCAUGGAGCUGUGUGAGCAGAUCUGUGUCUUCGGCAUGGUCAGCGACAGCUACUGCAGGGAGAAGAACCACUCGAGCGUGCCCUACCACUACUUCGAGAAGGGCCGGCUGGACGAGUGCAGGAUGUACCUGGUGCAUGAGCGAGCCCACCGUGCUGGGCACCGCUUCAUCACCGAGAAAGCCAUCUUCUCCCGCUGGGCCAAGAGGAGGAACAUCAUCUUCACCCACCCGUCCUGGGCAGGUGGUUAG